AUGAGACGCGCGGGGUUUGCUGUUUUAUUGACUGUGGCGCUCGUGUGGGUCGGAGAGGCAACAGGUGGGAAGAAGGAGGGUGCGGGCCAGGUGCACCGGGAGAUCACUGCGUCGUCAGGAGGAUCACGGAGCGAUGCGCCCUCGGAACCAUCCGGAGAGGCUUCUCCUCCUGGAGCUCUGGUCCGCGCGCCCAGGGGAGCAGCAGCUCAAGCGGACCGAGGCAGGCACGCAUCAUCCAGAGCAUCGGCUCAGGCUAGGAGCGCAGCGAGCCGCAGGCAGAGCGGCAGAGCCAGCGCUGCAGGAACAAGGCGACUUGCAGGGCCUAACGUCUGUGGAGGUCACCAGUGCUGCUCUGGUUGGGCGUUGGCACCAGGAACCAAUCGCUGCAUAAAACCUGACUGCCAGCCCCCAUGUCUGAACCGUGGCUCCUGCAGCCGACCGCAUACAUGUGUGUGUCGCUCAGGCUUCCAGGGGCCCCGCUGUGAAGAGGUGGCCCUGGAACAGGUGUACAUCCGUGAGCGGGGCACUCUGAGGCGCGUUGAACCAGGCACCAACCCUUUUCUGAGAGACCAGAAACGGCCAGCAGAGAGACAGUCCAGUGACACCAGCAAGGCCCAGACGCUGCGACCUGAGACCACCAAACCACCUGUCCAGACGGCGACCCAAGUGAGACGGGGACCCCCAGACUCCUCCCCCCAACAGAGCGGAACCUCUCGUACUGUGAAACGUUAUCCAUCCUCCUCGGAGCCGAUAACCUCCAACUCAUUGCCAAGUAGCAAUGGCUAUGCUAACGGCCAUAGCAGUGAGCGCACAAACUGGUAUGGACACAGGAACAGACAGGGCAGCUCCUUUAACAAUCCCAGGCCUGCCAGCGACAGCCAGCUGCACAGACAGUUCAACAAUGCGUUACUUCCAGCAGGGGCCAACCUCACAUCCAGCCUGGACCGCAUCAAGAUUGUAUUUACCCCUAUGUUGUGUCGUCGGGUGUGCAACGGUGGUCGCUGCUACAACAGCUGUGAGAAGGGAGACGUCACCACGGUCUACAGUGAGACCUCGCACCACCAACAGCAGCUGCAGCAGCAGCAGCAGCAGCCAAAGAAUCAAGGCUUCAGACUCUUCUUCUGUCAGAUACCCUGCAUGAAUGGAGGCAAGUGCAUUGGCAGAGACCUGUGUUGGUGUCCAUCAAACUCGACUGGGAAGUUUUGCCACCUCCCAGCGCCGCCUCCCACCAAACCCACGCCUCUCAGCCACAAGGAUGUGAGCCACAAGGGCCACAAAUCUCAUUCCACGUACACUCUGCCACUGUCUAAUCAACAAGCGUCUCUCCACCCGUCUUUGGUAAACGUCCACAUUAAGCACCCGCCCGAGGCUGAGGUCCAGGUCCACCAAGUAGCUCGAGUCCAGCCUGGUCAGAGACCAGCCACUACAGAGGGGGCUCACUCUGUCCAGCAGCGCUCCCAACCUGGAAAUGGUCAUGAACACACCAGCGAACAUAACAGCAGAACCCCCCAAAGGAACAACCAAUGGAAUGGUCACGCUACAACUCCUUUUCGCCAGAAUGGACAUGUUGGAAGAUGCUUUCAGGAAACAGUCGAUGGACAGUGUGGCAAACCUCUGCCAGGUCUAACCAAACAGGAUGACUGCUGUGGAAGUGUUGGCGCCUCCUGGGGUCUAAACAAGUGUCAAAAGUGUCCCACCAAACCAGUGUAUGCAGUAAUUGCAAAUGGACAAGUGGAAUGUCCAAAAGGUUUUAAAAGGAUGAAUAUCACUCAUUGUCAAGACAUCAAUGAGUGCCUGCUGCCUGGGAUAUGUAAGAACGCUGAAUGUCUCAACACCAAAGGAAGCUACAGGUGCACAUGUAAACCAGGCUACAUGUUGGAUGCUGCCAGGAGCCACUGUGUUUCGGACAAGGCAGUAUCUGACCACAGGGCUUCAUGCUACCGGUCAGUUUCAUCAGGAACAUGCUCUCUGCCACUUGCUAAUCACAUCACCAAACAGAUUUGCUGCUGCAGCCGUGUUGGAAAAGCCUGGGGAGAUGAAUGCGAUCGCUGCCCUCUGCCAGGUUCAGACCACUUCAAGGAGAUCUGCCCAGUGGGUCAUGGAUACACGUACUCGCGCUCAGAUGUGCAGAUUUCUCUCAGACAGCUGGAAGAAGAUGAGCUGCAGAAUACAGGACUGGCACUAGACGAGCAAUACUCUGAGUUCCCAUCCUCUCAGCCUACACGGCAUCACAACCACAAUCAAACACCCCAAAUACCCCAAUAUCCUGAGUACUAUGAGACACCUCAAGCACCCCAGUACCCCACCACUCCACAACAUCCUUAUCAUCCAGAGAGAGAAAGCCCUGGAUAUCCAGAAGAUGUAGAAAUUCUGGUCCCGCCAGCUGUUGUGACCGACUCACCGCCAAAAUAUCCAGAAACCUCUCCAGACUUUCCAAACAUCAACCAGAGGCCAGAUUCAAAGGAAACAAACUUGAAAGUCACUGGUAUUAACAAGUGUGCAACUUCACCAACAGUAUGUGGUAGAGGAAAAUGUGUUCCUACGCAGAACGGUUACACUUGUAACUGCGAGGCAGGAUUUAGGCUCAGUGCACUGCACACCAACUGUAUUGAUGUGAAUGAGUGUGAACUGGACCCAUGCAAAGGGAAGGGCCGCUGCAUAAACAGCUAUGGCUCCUACACCUGUCAGUGCCAUAAUGGCUAUAGCCAGGUGAUCACUCAAAACAAGAAGUUCUGUCAAGACAUUAAUGAGUGCAGCAUGCCCAACAAGUGCCAAAAUGGCAAAUGCGUCAACACGGAAGGAUCUUACACCUGUGAAUGCAACAGUGGCUACUCCAAGUCUUGGAGAGGCCUCUGCGAAGAUAUAGAUGAGUGCCGAGAUUCCAGCUCGUGUCCCAACAGUAUCUGCGUCAACACUGUUGGCUCCUUCCAGUGCCAGGCUUGUGGCCCCGGAUUUAGGCCCAUCAAUGAAAGAUGUGUAGAUGUAAAUGAGUGUUUGAAUCAAACUGUGUGCAGCCGUGGUCGGUGUAUCAACACAGAAGGCUCCUAUAGGUGCAACUGUUUCCACGGCUACAAACUCUCAUUGGACAAUGUUUGCCAAGAUGUAGAUGAAUGUUUGCUUCCGGGAGUCUGUUCUCACGGCCACUGCAUCAAUCUGGACGGCACCCACAAAUGCAUCUGUAACCAUGGAUUCCAAGUCACCUCAGACAGCAAAUCUUGUGAAGAUGUCGGCGAGUGCUCAACUGGUACUGCCUGCCCUGAGAGAAUUUGUAUCAACACUGUAGGUUCCUACACUUGCCAGACCUGCAGGCCUGGGUUUGGACCAUCUACUGAUGGACUGAUAUGUGAAGAUAUUGAUGAAUGUUCUCAGGGUGAUUUGUGUUUUGGAGGGGUGUGCGCCAACACAGUGGGAUCUUUCACUUGCACCCAAUGUAAAGCUGGUUACAGAUUAUCUGAAGACCAGCAGAGCUGUGAAGAUAUUGAUGAGUGCCGGUCCCUGUCUACCUGUGCCAAUGGAAUCUGUCUAAACUCAGAAGGGUCUUACACCUGUAAGAACUGCCCCACAGGCUACAGAGUGUCAUUAGAUGGAGAAAUUUGUCAAGAUAUUGAUGAGUGUGCGCUUCCCACUACAUGCCCCCAGGGAACAUGUACAAACACAGACGGUUCGUUCACAUGUGUCAUCUGUCAGCCGGGUUUCAGAAUUUCUGAAUAUGGACAACAGUGUGAUGAUGUGGACGAGUGCUUGGUGGCUCACUUGUGUCCAGGCCAGCUGUGUUUAAACACACCAGGAUCUUACACCUGCAGGAGCUGCGGAGCUGGUUUUCAACUGUCUGAGGACAGUCGCACCUGUGAAGAUAUAAACGAGUGCCAAGCUGCAGGUGUUUGUCCCUCAGGUGUUUGUGUGAACACUGAAGGUUCCUUUUCUUGUAUGGCUUGUGACCCAGGUUUUACAAUCGCACACAAUGGCCUCUCAUGUGAAGAUGUGAAUGAAUGUGAGGACACCCGCCUGUGUCAGGGAGGCCAGUGUACCAACACCAUUGGCUCCUAUAGCUGUUUGUGCCCAUCUGGACUUGAGCUAGUGGAUGGGACUUCAUGCAGGGAUAUUGAUGAGUGUUUAACCAUUGUGGGGAUCUGUGGAGAAGGCAACUGUCUGAACACCAAGGGCUCCUACUCCUGCAUAUGCCCUGAUGGAUUUACCUCCACCGACAGAAGGCCUGGCUGCCAAGAUGUGGAUGAAUGCAGCAGAGAUGAUGUGUGCAUUCAAGGAAAGUGUAUAAACACUGAUGGCUCCUUCUUAUGUUUGUGUGAGGCUGGCUUCAAGUUCAAUGCUCAUGCAGCUGACUGUGAAGACCAGGAUGAGUGCAAAGAAUUUGGAAACUCUGUGUGUGGCACCUGGCGCUGUGAAAACACCAUUGGCUCCUACCGGUGUUUCAUGUCAUGCCAACCUGGCAGCGUGGAGGGAGGAUGUGAUAUUGAUGAAUGUGUCAACGAGACCAUCUGUGGGAACCACGGCUUCUGCGAGAACACAGACGUCUCCUUCCGCUGCCUGUGUGACCAAGGCUACACCAACCCACCCGGGGAUAUGACCACAUGUGUUGACGUAAAUGAGUGUGAGAUGAGCUCGGCGCUGUGUGGGGAGGCCCUGUGUGAGAACUUUGACGGAAGCUUCCUGUGCAUCUGCACCAACGACAAUGAGGAAUUUGAUCCCAUCACCAGCCGGUGCCGCUCCAUGGCUGAGACAGGCACUAAACCCAGGUUUUCAUCCGCUGAAGAGAGGAAGCUGUGCUACUUUAAUUUGAACGAUGCAAACUUGUGCAACAACGUCUUGUCUCGCAACACCACCAAGCAGGAGUGCUGCUGUACAGCCGGGGCCGGCUGGGGCGACAACUGUGAGAUUCACCCUUGUCCUCUCCUGGGAAGAGAUGAUUACGAUGAGUUGUGUCCUCAUGGCAGUGGAUUGUUAACUUUGCCUGUUUCCUCUGGGCUGAGUCAUGGUCAACAACAUUACAAAGAUGCAAAUGAAUGUGAAAUGUUUGGACCUGAGAUCUGCAAGAACGGGCAGUGUUCGAAUUUCUAUUCUGGGUACACUUGCUUUUGUCACUCCGGCUUUUACUACGACAAAAUUCGCUUGGAGUGUGUGGAUUAUAACGAGUGUGAAUCUGGAAAUGCCUGCGAGAACGGAGCAUGCGUGAAUACAGCUGGGUCAUUCAACUGUUUCUGCAGUCCUCCGUUGGUCUUGGACAGUUCCCAGCAGCGCUGCGUUAGCCUCAACACCACGGAAGAAAUUAUAGACGCAGAUCAUGACGUGCACGUUAAUAUUUGCUGGCGCAGACUUGAGGGGGAUAACGUGUGUGCAGAUCCCGUCCAAGAGCGCAGAACCACAUACACUGAGUGUUGCUGUCUGUCUGGCGUCGCCUGGAGCGAACAGUGUGCGCUCUGUCCCAGGAAAGACUCCGCUGACUAUGCAACCAUGUGCAACCUGCCAAGAAGAGAAGGUACAGACAGUCUUCGAGAGCGGAUUGGAUACGAGUAUGGUCCAGAGGUGCCAGAGGGGCCAGAGGAUCCAUCAGAGCGUUUUCUCCCUCCGUACUGGGAUAACUACGGUGGCCCGGCAGGAACAUUUGAUGUUCCUGAGAGUGUUCCUCUCUUUACUGACAGUGACUACAGCAUUCAGCAACCCCCCUUCCGUGUUCCCGUCUUGCAACCGGGGAGACACCCACCUCAACCAGUGGAACCCUAUGGGGAGCGCUAUGUCAGCUUUGAGGGUCUCCAAGCAGAGGAGUGUGGGAUCCUGAAUGGAUGUGAAAAUGGACGAUGCGUUCGUGUGCGAGAGGGCUACACGUGCGACUGCUUUGACGGUUACGAACUCAACCUGGACAAGAUGGCCUGCAUAGACAUAAACGAGUGUGAGGACAUCAGCGACAAGGUCCCGUUGUGUCAGAACGGGCAGUGCACAAACACAGAGGGAUCCUACAAGUGCACCUGUUUGCCAGGCUUUGUGGCCUCUGCUAAGCCACACAAAUGUAUCCCAGCGAUCCCCGAGUCCAGACUUAGGACGGCAGAAAACUGAGACAGACUUUUCCUGAUCCCUAAGAUCAUCCUUUUGCCCUUUAUUUUCCUGAAGGCACUAGAACCUCCGAUGGUUACACUGUUCGUCCAAGCUUUUUCCCUUCAUGACACACAAACACCAACCUAAACCUACAGUAACACAGAUUCAGAUCCCAUCAUGCACAUUCAGGAACUGUUCAGUGAAUG